AGUCCCCGCAUCCGACACAAAGGACUGAUGAAAUAUGGAUAAAAUAGCCUGGGCGUAGUCUGAACGCGGCCAGAGCGGGCUCUGCUCUUGCGCAGUUUUUAUAUUUGAGGUUAUUUACCAGUGAAACUUUACGUCCAGAAGGAUUAUCUGAAUAAAAUGGGUAAAAGAAACAAAGAGAGGAGGACUGCAAUUGAAGCCGGCACCGCCGUCGCAGGGGCCGGAUACGGCGGCGCUAAAGGUGCAAGCGCUGGUGCUACGUACGGGGCCUACAUCGGGUGCUGCGGGGGACCGGCGGGGGCCGCUUGCGGGGCCGUGGUCGGCGGCAUCGCUGGCGGCGUAGUUGGUGGCGUCAGCGGCUACAUCGCUGGAAAAGUCGCCAACGAAGUCAUUGAUGAAAUCGAUAAGCUGUAACGCGCGAAUUUAUCUGGGUGCUUAGCCAAGAUGACAAUCGUUGACGGGAGACGCUGGCGAGGCUUAGUGUAUGAAAAUAGUCACGUGAAUUCUCGAAGUUUCUAUCAUCCCGAUACAUUUUUUUUGUAUGGCGUUUGUCGACUUUCGAUUGUCAUUUUGGCUAGCCACCCGGACCAGACCCAUGUUUUACCACGCUGACAUUGACAAUUCACCGUAUAGUGCUGAUCCAACAAUUAAACAUUAACUUUAUGUACCUACUGUUGUUAACUAUCGACCCAGAAAUGGAUAGGAAUUUGUUAACGUUAGGUGUCAGUUGUUAACUUGUCACCGUGGAGAAACAAACCAAUUUAUUGUUUAUCAACUUGUAGCUACACAGAAAUAAAUAUCCUUCAAAAUUUCCUUUUUUAUUUGUUUUUAUAUAAAAUUAAAAUUGUGGUGCAAUAAAUAUUUUUUGUCUUAAAAA